AUGAAGCGUCUCCCAACCGGUCUUUCACAGCCUCGGCGGAAAGGACUCAUACCAAGAAGCACUUCUUGCUGUCAGAGUCAACACGGUAUCUCUCUCGGUCCUGUGUGCCAUUACUCAAUGCCGAGUCAGGGUCCAAGAUCGUACAUCACUGACGUUCAAACAGGCCAAGGAGUUCAAAAAGUCGGCAUGCUCACACCAUGGCUCGAAGCCUUUCCCACGACUGCUAAACCGCUAAUCGAAGAAAUCGACCACUUGUUAGGCUACAAACUCUCUACCAUCAUUGAAGAAGGGCCCAAUAGUACCCUUACAGCUACAGCAAACGCCCAGCCCGCCAUCAUGGCCUCCUCUAUUCUCAUACUGCGAAUAAUGGAAAAGGAAUUCGGAUUUAGACCAGCAGAAAGAGUGGAUGUCACACUUGGGCAUUCAUUGGGCGAAUUUGCUGCUCUUGUAGCGGGCGGUUUCGUCUCCUUUGAAGACAGUCUAUACCUAGUCCGCAAACGAGCAGAAGCAAUGGCCGAAUGUUCACGGCGGACAUGCGCCGAGCACGGCGGCGAAUACGGGAUGGUAGCUCUAGUGACGGAGACCGGUCACCUGCUCCCCCUAGUCGAAUCAAUACACGAGUUCCUAGGGCACAAUUCCGCGGGCUCGGAAUCAGACAGCGCGCAAGACGUGCCGGCUAUUCAGCAGGUACUGAUUGCGAAUGAGAAUAGCAAAAAUCAGAUUGUGUUGAGUGGGAAUAUUGAGAGGAUCCAAAUGCUGUUGACGCAUGUUAGGCAGUUUGGGGGACAUGAUCCGAGGGCGGUCAGAUUGAAGAGUGACAGUCCUUUCCAUAGCCCACUGAUGAGGCCUGCGGCGGAGCUCAUGCGGGGAUUGUUGGAAGGGAAGAGUAGGGUUAAGGGGAGGGAGAACGAGGAUAUUGUGACUUUUCCAGGGGUGCUGGAAUGCGUGAGUAAUGUUAAUGCGAGGCCGUUCGAGAGUAAAAAACAGUUGAAGGAACUUUUGGCAAGGCAAUGCGUGGAAACUGUGAGGUGGUGGGAUUCUAUCAAGUAUUUGGAUCAGGAGGAAAAGGUACGGCGCUGGAUUGGCGUUGGACCUGGUAAAGUGGGGAGAAAUCUUGUGGGAAAAGAAGUUGGAAUGCGGGGAAAGGAUACAGUGAAGGGUGGUGGUGUUUGGGGAAUUAGUGAUCCCAAAGAGAUCGAAGAGGUGCUCAGAGCUCUAGAUGAGACGGAGGCAUGGAGUGAUGAGGAGAUUGAGGAAUUAGGAUAG